GAAAAUCGCAAUUUUGCGAAUUUUGCACACGAGUAAAUCGAUUUGUCAACCUGUGUUUUGGUCCCGAGAAAAAUCGCGAUUUUCUCAAUGAUUUAACAGUCUAAUCAUCAUCUUUCCGUCUUCCCUGUACAGUAUUAGUGUUCAUUAGCAAUAUUAUUGUAAAGUAUAGUGAAUAAUACAAAAGGCCUAUGAAAUGACAUGAUUCAUGAGCAGUACCGUAAAGGCAACCUUCUCUGAUAAUUAUAAAAUUAAAAUACGUUGGUCGUCACCGUCACCAAACCGUAGAAAAAUGUCUGACCGCAAAGCUGUUAUCAAAAAUGCUGAUAUGAGCGAAGAGAUGCAGCAGGAUGCUGUGGAUUGUGCAACACAAGCUCUAGAAAAAUACAAUAUCGAGAAGGAUAUAGCAGCUUUUAUCAAGAAGGAAUUCGAUAAAAAAUACAAUCCCACAUGGCAUUGCAUUGUGGGACGCAAUUUUGGAUCCUACGUUACACACGAGACACGCCACUUUAUCUACUUCUAUCUGGGUCAAGUUGCUAUCUUACUUUUUAAGAGCGGCUAAUUCGUUUCUUGAUUUUGUAUUUAAAAAUGAAAUUAUUUUAAGGAAACUUGUAUAUUAAUUUAAACGCAGAAGUUAAAUGAAAACAACAAGAGAAAAAAACACAAAAAGUGACACUAUUUAACACGACAAAAACAAGACGGUAAAACACUGAAAAAAUCACACAAAACAGAGCAAAUUACCACACACACAUAAUAAAAAAAAAAGAAAAAAAACUGCUAAUUGACGCGAGUAAACACCGAAAAUCUCAAUUGAAACAAUGAAGAUAAAUUCAACACAAUUUACACUUUACAUUUAAAAAAUACUUAUAAAUAAAAUAUAACAUGUGAAAAAAAUAUUUAAAAAAAAGAAAAAUCAACAUUAAGAAUAAGUGUAAAAAAAAAAGAACAGCUCUAAAAGAAAUCUUAAAUAUUUUGCAAACUUCUUUAAUUUCAUAAAUAUUUCAGUUUCCUUAAUAAAUUGUUACUUUUCUUGCAAUUCAAUUUUAAAAGAAAAAUGCACUUGACAAAAGGAUGUCUAUCAAAGAUGAUGAUAAUUGAUAAAAGAAAAAAAAAACUAAUAAAACAAAAUUUGUGAGACAAGGAUAAAUUACUCAAUUCUACUAUUUGUAAGAUUGAUGAGAGAAAUUAAAAAAAAAAUGUCCUCUGGAAAUAUAUCCAAUUUUUUCUAUGCGAUAAUUAAAAAAAAAAUGGGAAACAUCUUAAAAAAAAAUUUACUGUAGUGAAUGGAACAAGUUAAAGAAACGUGUCGAUAAAAAGAAAAAAAAACAAGAUUUACAUUAAAGAAAGGAUAAAUAUUAAAUUAAAAAAAAAAUAAUGCAAAGAAAUAUCGCGUAAUUGCUAGCAAAACCGAUUUUACUAUAACUUUUUAAUUUUUUUUUUCUUUCAAAAGAGUUUUGCGUAAAGAGGAGAUAGGAUUUACAGAACUUAUACACACUUUCAGAAAUGUGAGAUAUUUUAAGGCAUUUAAAUAAAUACAAUUAUCUAUA